AUGAUCUUAGCCACAGGAUCCCCAUGUAUGGUUUAUACGCAGUUGAUAAUGAAGAAAAAAUGGAUGAUUCCUAAGGUCGACCGAUCAACGAACACAUUCCUCCGUGGAAUAAUGUAUUAUGAGAGACCACGUGACUGGAAUAAGAGGCUUGUGACACAAAGUACAACCAACGGGACAUUUGGAAGGCUUCCGCGCGUCGCCGCCGCCGCCCGCGGCCCCGCCAGGCGACGCGGCGGCGGCGGCGACGCUGUGGUGCGCCUGGUCGUCAUGAGCUCGGAGCUGCCGGCGCUCGAGGACGACUCGUUCGGCAACGUGAGCUUCACGCACGCGCACGUCAAGUACAACCACGCGCUGGCCCGCGUGUCGCCGCACGCGCUGCGCUCGUCGCUCGCCACGCUGCGGGUGCUGGACCUGCGCAACAACAACCUGACGGCGUUCCCGCUGGCGGAGCAGCUGGGCGCCUUCCGCCGGCUGCAGUACCUCUCCGUGGACGACAACGGCGUGGAGGUCGUGCCCGAGGGCGUGUCCGGCCUCGAGCAGCUGCUCCACCUCAGCCUCGCCAACAACCGCGUGGAAUCCCUCCACCCGCGCGCCCUCACCAGCCUCCCGUCCCUGCUCCACCUCGACCUCCACUCCAACCGCCUCCUCGCCCUGCCGCCGCAGCUGUCGGCCCUGCCCGCCCUGCGCUCGCUCCUGCUGUGGGACAACGCCUUCGCCACGCUGCCCGCAGGAUUUCUUGGAGGACUCCACAAUCUGGAGUUCCUCGACCUGAGCUACACAGGCGUGAAGGAGAUCCAGCCUACGGCCCUUGCCACACCUACCUCCGUCCCCUGGUUUGUCAACCUCAAGAGUACGCCCAUUACCGAACUCACAACUUCAGCUUUUAUCAAUGGCACUCCACCCUACUGGCUGGACUUGCGCGAGACCGGCCUUCGUAGCCUAGACCAGUCGUUCCAGGCCAUCCUACAGCACAUGGCCAGCAAGAACAUUGUGCAUAUAGACUGGGGGAAGCCUCAGCUAUGGCUAGAAAAUGAGGACCUGGCAUGCGACUGCAGCAUAAAGUGGCUUGUCACUAAUGCCACGCUCCUGAAACACGUGUCUGGCCGCUGCAACGACAAGAACAUCAACCUGCGUUUCCUCGACCCUGACUACUUCAACAUUUUCUGUUUUUAAGGCGACUAUAUUCCUCAACCGUGGACUGUAAGAACCUAGAGGAUUUUUUUAUUUCAUUUCAGAGUCUGUCUUGACCACACAUGGAUUUAAAUGGGUUAUUUAGAAUUAUCUACUAUAAUGAUGUCAUUAGUUAGGUGCAAUGGAGAAUUGGUGACGCAGAUGUGAUCUUGAACCAGUGGGCUCCAUAGUACGGAUGCCACUUUGCAAUACAAUUUGUUGGAAAAAUGAAAACAAACACACACACACACACACACACACACACAUAUAUAUAUAUAUAGAUAGAUAGAUAAUUACAAACCCAUCAACAUACAGCAUGUUUUGGCCACAUAACUUUCUAAAUUUCAUAGUACACUAACAUAGCCCCAAUUACACUUUACCUUUCCUCAACUGGUAUCACAAUUAUUAGGUCCUAAAAUGAUAUUUCUCCAAAUAUCUGACAACAACAAAGAUCUCAAUAAUCAAGGAACUUGCCUGUUUGACUGAUGCUACUGCUUAAUAAAGAGAGAAAUAAAAACAAAAAAAAUAAACAGAUUGUUGCAAUGCAGUUAAAUUACUCUUCAAAAAAGCACAAGUGAAAAGAAUGACAACUUUUAAGGGCAAAUGUAUUUCAAGACUAUUAAGUACUUAGCUGGCAUAUUUUCAGACCUAGACUUACAAUAUAGCAAAUUUCUAGGCUCAUAAAACCUAGCUGGCAAGUUUUGGGGUCUAGAAUGUAAGCCGGCCAAUUUCAGGACCAAGAAUUUCUAGCUGGCCAAUUUUUAUAACAUGGCAAAUUUCAAGGCCUAGACUAUCAAGCUGGCAAAGUCCAAGGCCUAGAAUAUCAAGCUGGCAACUUUCUAAGCCUAGAAUUUCAAGCUGGCACAUUUCUAGGCCUGGAACCUUACUGCUGGCAAAUUUCUGGGUAUAGAAGUUCAGCAAAUUUUGCAGCCUGGCACUUGCCCAUUUUUUCACCCAAGCAUACAAGUGAUAACUUCAAUGAUCUCAUCAAUACUCAAGGUGCCUCAUGUAUUUAACUUUUUGCUUUUGCUUUGGCAAUCUAUGUAGAGGUUAAGAGAUAAGGGGAAAUUAACUAAUUAUAUGCAAUGUGAAUAAAUUUUUCUCACUUUCUGGUUGA